AUGGAUCCUUAUUGUGUGAUUCUUUUUUCCCCUAAAAAUUAAAACUAUUUUUCUUAUUCUCACGCUGACCCUGAUUUUUUUUGGCCAAAUCCACUCCCACUAAACAGCGUCCGCUCCGCAACCUUUCACACUGGUGUCAGAAGUGGGAUGCCAUGAGGAGGCAGUAGUGAGUGAGUUUUCUUUUUUUUUGCAUCAGUAUUUUCUGCUGUAUUUUUUUUUUUUUUUUUUUUUCUCCUGCGCUGUCAUCGAUUGGCCUUCUGGGGUGGAGGCGAUGGCGCCAAAGAAAGGUGCCUCCACAGAGAAGAAAUCUGGCCCGCAGGAGACCAUGGCCAUUGGAGGGGAAGAGGAGGAUGGUAUUGAGCCUGUGAUGGCUAGCGUGGCUGAAGAUUCCUCUCUUCAGCAGCUGCAGGACAUGCUCCGUAGCCAUAUGGUAUGGCAGCAGGCACGAGAUGUUCAGUGGGAACAAGAAGCAGCACGUCAGGAGACCCGGUGGAAGACGUUGCAACAUCAGUUUAGCCUCCUACAGCGGGAGGUACACGUCAGAACCGCACCAGAUCCUGGGGUUGCUGCUAAUGCUGCUGGUGGACGUGAGCCACCAGAGAGAACGUCAGCCAUGGGACGUCAUCCAGCACCAUUGGUUAGUGCACCUCAGACGAGUAGCCAAAUUAGAACUCAGAUAGAGAGGGAACCUAGACUGCAACGAUUGGGUGAGACUGAUGAUGUAGAACAUUAUUUAGUGACGUUUGAGCGAAUCGCGGUGGCGUGUCAGUGGCCAACAACUGACUGGGCAGUUAGACUGGCGCCCCUCCUGACGGGCAAGGCUAGGGCUGCUUAUGUCAGUAUGGACCAGGAUGACGCCCUUAGUUAUGCACUAUUGAAGGAGGCUAUCUUGGCAAAAUAUGAUAUCAACCAGGAGACUUACCGACUGCAGUUCCGUGGAGCAGAGGUGGGCGAAGAAGAGACCCCAAAGGAGCUGUAUGUCCGGCUGCGGGACCUGUACCAGAGAUGGGUCCAACCACAACACCACACCAAAGAGGAGAUUGGAGAGACUAUCAUUUUAGAACAGUUCCUGCGUUUGGUCUCUCCAGAACUCCAGGUGUGGAUUAGGGAGCGUAACCCUGCAUCUGCUUCUGAUGCUGCUGCGCUGGCAGAUGUCUUUGUGGCUGCCCGACGGAAGGCCCAGUCUUGGUCAUGUGCUCGGUGGAGACGGGACAGAGAUUCCAACAGGUCCAUCUCCAAUAGGGCCACCCGGCUGUCUCCGCCUUUGAUGAAGAUCAGCAGUGGGGGUAAGUCUGUGGCUGAUAGGGGUGGUCCGGUCAAACAGAGCCCUGUAUUGAGGACUAGUGGCUCUAAACCUUUGGUGUGUUAUCAGUGUGGGCAGGAGGGUCAUAUAAAACCAAAAUGUCCAAAUAAUCCAGCCAACCAAUCUUGUAUAUGUACCGUGCCUGGGCUUAGUUCCCCUAAGAAGCCUGUAGCUCUCCAUUGUCAUGUUGUAGUCCUGAAUGGGCGGGAGGUUAAGGCACUGGUCGAUACUGGUAGUAUGCAGUCUUUAGUGUCUUCUGAUUUGGUCCCAAUCCAGUUAAGGAACUACUCUGUGAUGACCCAACUGAAGUGUGUUCAUGGGGAAGAGAGAAUGCAUCCAACUGCCAGGGUGUAUGUGCAGGUUUUUAGACAGACUUACUUACUGGAGGUUGGGGUGGUGGAUAACCUGCCAUAUCAGAUGAUUUUGGGACAGGACUUCCCAUUGCUGCUUGAUUUAGUACCUGGGAGUGGUGAGUGUAACAUGACAGUGACGAGGGCUAUGGCUAAAAAGAGGGAGGAAGAAGUACCGCUUCCUGUAUUGCCUUUUCAGAAUGCAGACAUUGAAGCUCAGCCUGGGAAGUCCAGGAAGACAAAAAGACAGAGGAGACAGGAGAAGUUUCAAUUUGGGGCGGCUCAGGGUCAAGGAGAGGUUUGCCCCGAAAUGUUGGAGGUUCCUUUAGAGAUCCCUCCGGAUAUGAGCUUAAUGCAGCAACAAGACGCAGAUAUUGGCCCAUUAUAUCAGCAGGCUCAGGCAGAGCAACUCAGUGGGAAUGGAGGAGAGACUUCCAGACAGGGGUUUGCCAUUAAGAAUGGUGUGUUGUUUAAAGUGGGAGGUGCAGAGGCAAGGAUGGUAGUGCCUCAGGAAGUUAGGGGGGUAGUCCUUGACUUAGGCCAUUCGAUUCCCUGGGCAGGCCAUUUAGGCAGACAGAAGACAGUUUCCCGAGUCAGCCGCUAUUUUUAUUGGCCAAAUAUGGCCAAAGAUAUUGCUGAGUUCUGUAAAACAUGUCCCGAAUGCCAGAAAACUGCCAGUAGGUGUGCCCCAAAGGUCCCCUUAGAGCCUCUGCCGGUAGUAGGGACACCUUUUGAGCAGUUGGGGAUGGAUGUGGUAGGCCCCCUUGAGCGCAGUAGAGCUGGAAACAGAUUUAUGUUGGUCAUCACAGAUUAUGCCACUAGGUACCCUGAGGUUUUUGCUUUGAAAACAGUGAAGGCUAGGACAGUAGCCACUUGUCUUGUGCAAUUGUUUUCAAGGGUGGGGUUUCCUAGGGCUAUAAUUACAGAUCAAGGGUCCAACUUUAUGUCCAAGCUCCUUAAGCAGGCUUAUGGAUUGUUAGGGAUAAAGGGUAUACGGACUACACCCUAUCAUCCACAGACCGAUGGUCUGACUGAACGGUUUAACCAGACCCUCAAGCAGAUGUUUUGCGUUGACUUCAGGUAUCUAAAUUCGGUUUCUAAAUUUGAUUCAUAUCCCACUCCUAGAAUUGAUGACCUCAUUGACUCUCUAGGACAUGCCAAUUGGAGAUUAAUGGACCAGGUGUUGGCCGGCACAAAUGGCUACGCGGCGGCGUAUCUCGAUGACAUCAUCGUGUACAGUGCAUCGUGGGAAGAUCAUGUCCACCAUGUGAAGGAUGUUUUGGGCAGGAUUGCAGCUGCAGGUCUUACCAUCAACCCUGCUAAGUGUGCCAUUGCCAAGAGGGAGGCCGAGUACCUGGGCUAUGUGAUUGGUGGGGGGAUCAUCAAGCCACAGACUGAUGCUUCUGAUACAGGUAUAGGUGCAGUGCUUCUCCAGGGUGAACCAGACCAGAGGCAUCCAGUGGCGUACAUCAGCCGUAAACUGUAUCCGAGGGAGGUGCGAUACUCAACAGUCGAGAAGGAGUGCCUGGCGGUCAAAUGGGCCCUUGACACCUUCAGAUACUACCUCCUGGGCCGCGAGUUCCUCCUGGAGACAGAUCAUCGGCCGCUGCAAUGGAUGGACCGCAUGCGGGACUCCAAUGCACGGAUUACCCGCUGGUACCUGUCCAUGCAGCCGUAUCGCUUCACCAUCAACUACAUCCCGGGGUGGAGCAAUGCUACGGCUGACUUCCUCUCCCGCCUGCCAGCGUGA